GAUUGUACAAACGAAACGUCGUAUUCCCCCUAUCAUGACAACUACAUCACAACAAACCAUACCCAUCAAACGAAGGAAAUACCCGCGGACUCGUCAACUAUUGGGAAAACAAGGUCUCAAUCCCCGGUCAGACUAUAGCGCCACUACCAUCCACCCCCAUCAAUAGCCUGACUCCCAACCUGCUCGAAUACGCACAACACGAGAGCGUAGCACUUGCCUCAAUCGUUCGCAACGUCAAAGACAUAUUUGGUGUUGGAAUAAACCCCAAGAAGCCAUCUCACGAGGCUUGGACUAUUCUCAAGACCCAGUACAGUGCCUAUUCAGACUUGAUUCGUAGCCGUAGGGAGAGAGCACUGAAAACUAUGAAAUACCAGGACGGAGAAAAGGUUAGCGGGGAUGGAGGAUAUGUAGAGAGGAUGUGCAAGCUCAGGAAGGAAGCAAACGACGCCGGCGCAGCUAUAGACGACAAGAGUUUCAAAACCACGCUACUCGACUCAUUCCCUGAGUCCUGGGACUCGGUCGUCAGCACUCUAUAUGCUUGAAGCAGCCUCACUAUCGUUAUCGGACGUCUCAUUGCCCACGGCGAACACGUAGUCAGACAGAACACUGCCAAUAACUCCUCAUCCGCUCAAGAGUCUACAAUUCAGGAACUCCAAGCGUCUAUCCAGGCUCUAACCCUUCAAGUUCAAAGCCUUUCUUCAAGGAAGAAUACGGCCCCGGGGUCGGACAAGUCUCACAGCCCGAAUGACGCUUGUAAGGGAAUAGGCCAUGCUCUGUGCCUAGCUCCGGAAACCUAGCCACCUCCAACACGUCAUCAUCCGAUCCAGGUUCCGUCUACACAAACGUCACUGCACUGAACACGCGCAUCGACGAGAAAACCCUUAAGAC